AUGAACGCCGGGGUCAUCAGCGGCUUCACCACUGAUCAGCGCCGUCUCACUUGUGGCAAUUCGGUGGACAGCGUUCGAACACUUCUGGCAGCUGGAGUGAAUCCCUGUGUGCAGAAUGAUAGCAGCGUCACCGCAUAUCAGAUGGCCGGGAUUUCGGACGAAGUAAAAAAUGCCUUUGCACAGGAAUUGUUUCAGGCAACUGCACAAUCAAAUUUGGGUCGAGUGUGUCAAAUGAUAUCUGCUGGCGUAAGUGUGGAUUCCAUCGAUGAGUUGAGCACAAGAAAUACCACUCUGCAUUGGGCAGCAUCAUUUGGCAACGAGGACGUGCCUUCAGUGCUGCAAAAGAGAUCGAAAUUCAGGACUCUGUGUCAGAGUGGUGCAUCUGUAAAUACGCCAAAUGCGAAGGGUGAGAUAGCAUUGCAUGAUGCGGUCCGUCGUGGAAAUGAAGCUGUUGUGAAAUGCCUAUUGACGCGUACAAUUCGUCGUACUACCUCCAUGGACUCGGAAAUAGAUCGUGCGUCGCUAAUUUCAAUGGAAACGACAACAAUGUUUGCGGAACGGACAUCCAAUUACAGUAUGGGUCGUCUGGAAAGUUGGACCGACUUGCUGUGGCCACAGCCCAAAUACAUCAGCUUGGAUAAUAAGAGACGCACUUGCCCCUAUCCAAAGGAUGGCCGUUUGAAAAUAUAUUUCGAUGGAGCCAGUGAGUCCGAACCUCGUCGUAUUAUGCAAAUAAUACAAAUAUCGGCGCCGCUUCUUUCAAGUAUCCAUUUGGAGCUGGACUACAGAGGGCAUAAG